UGGCUGCAGAACUGAGCAGACUCCCAUUCUAGUUCACACAAGCUGAGAGACACCGCGAGGAGCGAUUUAUUUCAUUUAUAGACAGACUCGGGCCCGAAUCCCAGGGAAACAGUCAGUCCCCUCCCUUUCAUCCUGUCACCAUCCAUUCACCGAUCCAUCGAUCCAUCCUGUCCGUUCGUCCCUCUCUCCCUCCCCUUGGGGGCUGCCGGACGAGCAGAGAAGAGAAGAGGCCUUGAGGAACGGACUACUCCAAUGAGAGAGAGAGAGGGAGAGAGCGAGAGGUACGAAGGACGCUCUGCCAGGACAUUUGAGCUCAUCGGUGCGGACGAAGGUAGACUUUUUUCUUUAAAGGCGGGAAUGGUGAUGGACUUUCGUACUGCUACACCUAGAAUGGCCAAACCAAGAUCAUGAGAGGGUGUAAAGCGGCGGAGAAGCGACCGUCUUACCCUUGUCUUUGACGCCGUCGCUCGCGUGUCCCUUGCUCGGCUUCUGGAUGGCCACGCAGGUGAGGGAUAGAAGAUGAUGGGUGCUGAUGAAAUCGUUUGAGAAAAUUAUUCCACCUAAGACAGCAUUGACACCGAUGAUUCACGGAAAAACGGUAUUUGUUCUGUCUCAUUGCUGCCUUCUGAAAUUUCACAUUCUGAAAUAAGGCUCGUGAAUAGCAAAUGUCACAUUUUUCCGGUCCAAAGGUUUGUGGAGUGUACUGGUAAAACAACUGUAAGGUGGCUGGAGCCACGUUAUUACCACACACUGUACCAAACAUUGCGGAUGUUUCAGAAAUAAAUAAAUAAUAGUAGCUUUUCCAUUUCAAUGCCUUUAAGUCUGUGGAAACGCGACUGUUUCCAAAAUGCCGACCUGAACGCCAGUGACUGUCGUGGAUAGCUGUAAGCUGUUUUAUUAUUUAUUUAUUUUUAUUUUAACAAUCUUAUUUAUCGAGGCCUGUGUUAUACUCGGGCGUUAACGUUGUCAGAGCAAAGACAUGAAACGUCCAGCAAGGUGCAGGAAGCUCGGGUGCGCUCUGAGGCAGGCUUGUACCGUAGGCAACAUGAAACAUUCAUGUUAACUCGCUACAGUCUCACCAUGAUUUCAUGUUGGGAGCGAACCCUGCUUUAUAUGGACAUAAGAGUGGACAAAGACUGAGAAACCCCACAGCACUACCCUACAGUGCAACCAGUCAGCCAACCGACCACACAUUUAAUUUCCUCACACCCACAAUUGGCCGUUGGCAGAGACGCACAGAAAAGGAGACAGUACAUGGGCGUCCUCGUCUGCUAAAACCAAGCGCUGCAAAACUGCUCGCCGGGUGCAGGUGUUCAGCAUAAGCUUACAAGACAACCCGUUGUGCAUAUGAGACGUUCUGAUCCAGAUGGGAUGUAAUGUUGUGUGGUUGCACAGCUGAGCAUUGGUCUCCUUCUCCGCUGCUUCGUGAAGAUUGGCUUUUGGUGUCCAGAGAAUGGCGCGGUUCGGAGACGAGGUACCAGCCAGGUAUGGCGGAGGACCUGGCGGAGGAGGCCCGGGAGGCCGGGGUGGUAGCAGGCAAGGAGGACCCCAUGGACACGGCCACGGACACGGUCAUGGGCAUGGUCACGGGCAUGGCCACGGCCCACCUGGAGGGCCCGGGGCCCAGAGAAUGUACAAGCAGUCUAUGGCGCAGAGAGCCCGGACAAUGGCACUGUAUAACCCCAUCCCCGUACGCCAGAACUGCUUCACUGUCAACCGUUCGCUGUUCAUUUUCAGCGAGGACAACUUCGUGAGAAAAUACGCCAAAAAGAUCACCGAAUGGCCUCCAUUUGAGUGGAUGAUUCUAGCCACCAUCAUUGCCAACUGCAUUGUCUUGGCUCUGGAACAACAUUUGCCUGAUGGGGACAAGACGCCGCUCUCAGAACGCCUGGAUGAUACAGAGCCGUAUUUCAUAGGAAUCUUCUGUUUUGAGUCGGGAAUAAAGAUCCUGGCGCUUGGUUUUGCCUUCCACAAGAACUCUUACCUGAGAAACGGAUGGAACGUGAUGGACUUUGUCGUAGUGCUCACAGGAAUUCUAUCCACUGUGGGCUCACAAUUCGACUUGCGGACACUCAGGGCUGUGCGAGUAUUGAGGCCUCUCAAACUGGUGUCCGGUAUUCCCAGCUUACAGGUGGUGCUCAAAUCCAUCAUGAAGGCCAUGAUUCCUCUGCUGCAAAUUGGCCUGCUGCUCUUCUUUGCCAUCCUCAUGUUCGCCAUCAUCGGCCUCGAGUUCUACAUGGGCAAAUUCCACAAAACCUGCUUCGACAACAUAACAAAAGAGAUCCGGGAAGAGUUUCCAUGUGGGGUAGAGCUUCCAUCUCGGCUGUGUCCAGAGGACACCGUUUGUAGAGAGUACUGGCUGGGACCAAACUACGGCAUCACCCAGUUUGACAACAUUCUGUUUGCUAUUCUCACCGUUUUCCAGUGUAUCACCAUGGAGGGCUGGACUGACCUGCUCUACUAUAGCAACGAUGCCUCAGGGAGUGCAUGGAACUGGAUGUACUUCAUCCCCCUCAUCAUCAUCGGCUCUUUCUUUAUGCUCAACCUGGUGCUGGGUGUGUUGUCGGGCGAGUUCGCCAAAGAGAGAGAGCGUGUGGAGAACAGGAGUGAGUUUCUGAAGCUCCGAAGACAGCAGCAGAUUGAAAGGGAACUUAACGGUUACCUGGAGUGGAUCUGUAAAGCUGAAGAGGUCAUCUUGGCGGAUGAUGAGAAUGAAAAUGAAUAUGAUGGUUCUCGUAGGAGAGCCACAAAGAACCACAAAAGCAAAGCUGAGCUUCUAAAUUCAGAGGAAGGGGAGGGAGACCUGGGAGUAGGUUCACCGUUUGCUCGUGCCAGCUUGAAGAGCUCCAAGCUGGAGGGAUCGACUUUCAAGCGGCGGGAGCGGCGGUUUCGCUUCUUUAUCCGUCAUGUUGUUAAGUCCCAGGGCUUCUACUGGACCGUGCUGUGUUUGGUGGGCCUCAACACGCUGUGUGUGGCUGUUGUGCACUACGACCAGCCUGAACCACUUUCAGAUUUUCUAUAUUUUGCCGAAUUCAUCUUCCUGGGAAUAUUCUUGACAGAGAUGUUUGUAAAACUGUACGGCCUGGGCAGACAGGCCUACCUCAACUCCUCCUUCAACUGCUUCGACUGCAUUGUGAUAUGUGGUAGCAUAUUUGAAGUCCUUUGGUCCAUCAUCCAACCGGGCACAUCGUUUGGCAUCAGUGUGCUACGAGCUCUCAGGUUAUUGAGGAUCUUCAAAGUCACCAAGUACUGGGCGUCUUUGCGUAACCUCGUCGUGUCUCUGCUCAAUUCCAUGAAGUCCAUCAUCAGCUUGCUCUUCCUGCUCUUCCUCUUCAUAGUCGUCUUUGCGCUGCUGGGCAUGCAGCUCUUCGGAGGACAGUUUAAUUUUGAAAGUGGCACCCCUCCAACCAACUUCGAUACAUUUCCCGCAGCAAUAAUGACGGUGUUCCAGAUCCUGACCGGCGAGGACUGGAAUAUGGUGAUGUAUGAUGGCAUCAAAUCUCAGGGUGGAGUCAACAAGGGCAUGGCCUUCUCCGUCUUCUUCAUUGUACUCACGCUUUUUGGCAACUACACUCUGCUGAAUGUGUUCUUGGCCAUCGCUGUGGACAAUCUGGCCAACGCACAGGAACUGACCAAGGAUGAACAGGAAGAAGAGGAAGCUGCCAAUCAGAAGAUUGCCCUGCAGAAAGCCAAGGAAGUGGCUGAAGUUAGCCCACUAUCUGCUGCAAACCUCUCCAUUGCAGCCAACAAAGUACACAGUGAGUGUCACAACGCUUCUGACCCCUUUCUGGACUGCAAGGAGCAGCAGAAGAACCACAUUAAGGGAGUCAACAAGUCAGUGUGGGAGCAGCGCACCAAGGAGCUGAGGAAGCAGACUCUGGCAUCCAGCCGCGAGGCCCUCUAUAACGAAUUGGACGCAGAUGACCGCUGGAAGGCAAGGACAGGGAGGGAGGAGCACAACAAUGUCAACUAUUCACGUCACAUCCGUCCAGACAUGAAGACCCAUCUUGAUCGACCCUUAGUGGUGGACCCCCAUGAAAAUCGUAAUAACAACACAAACAAGACAACUGGCAACAACUCAGACUUCUGUGUCAGCCAGCACCAUCCUGAGCACCAUGGCCAAGUGGGAGGGGAUGGUGGAGGAGGUUCAGGUCCACCCAGACCUCCCAUGGAGCGGGGAGAAUCCACGGAGAGUAGACGGAGCCGCAAAAGUGAGCAUCACCACAGCUCUCAUGUCCGUCUGGAUGCUACAGUGAUUCCUGGGCCGGGUUCAGAGGAGAGGGUAUCCAGGCGCCAUCACCACACGCGGACUGGGAGUCGAGGAGGAGGGCAGUCCGAACACAGGAAGCCAAGGUCACAUCGAAAGAAUGCUGAAGAUGGUGAGGAAGGUGGGGGAGGAGCUGGAAAAUCUGGAAGACAUAAGAGCAAAGGAGUGGAUGGGAGUAGGGAAGGAGGAGAGCAUGAGCGAGCAGGCAAUGGCGGUGAGAAGAGGUCAAGAAGAAGCCGGCGUGGAAGCCAAACAGAGGGCGAGGGGAAGCGUAUGUGCUCACACAGAAGGAAGGACUGCAGUGUCCCAAACCUAUCUACCACACGGCCCAUCCAAAAGAGUCUCUCAAGGCAGAAUAGCCAGUACAGUGAGGACAUGGACAACCUCAUGAACACCAAACUGGUGUCUGGUUCUACACCACCUAGCGAGGGUCGCCCCUAUCCAGUGGCCAGUCACACUGUCACCCCUGGAUUUGGAUCUGCCCUUCAUCUUGCUAACAGUGGCACUCGUGGAAGUUUGGUCACGUUGGAUAGUUAUGGGAAUGUCGGACAUCACCGUGCAAACAGUGUGAUCAGGCUGCCCCACCCUGAUUAUACUGCUGUGGACAUGCCCAUAUUUCCAUCCACCAAUGCCAUACUGCAAGUUAAUAAAAAUGCCAACACUGAACCUCUGCCACCUCCUACAAAUGAUGAUGAGGAAGGAGGGGAAGGAGGGCCUAGGCCCAUGCCUCCAUAUAGCUCCAUGUUCAUCUUCUCGACCACCAAUCCGUUUCGACGAGCAUGCCAUUACAUUUGCACCCUGCGUUAUUUUGAGAUGUGCAUCCUGCUGGUCAUUGCAAUGAGCAGUAUUGCCCUGGCAGCUGAAGACCCUGUUUGGCCCAAUUCCCCUCGAAACGAUGUUCUGCGCUAUUUUGACUACGUCUUUACAGGAGUUUUUACUUUUGAGAUGUUAGUAAAGAUGGUGGAUCUGGGGUUGGUCUUGCACCAGGGCUCUUAUUUCCGGGACUUGUGGAACAUCCUUGACUUUAUAGUGGUUAGUGGUGCUCUGGUGGCCUACGCCUACGCCUUAGCCAGCGGCAGCGGGGGGAACAGCAAGGGAAAAGACAUCAGCACCAUCAAGUCGCUGAGGGUACUGAGAGUGCUACGACCUCUAAAGACUAUUAAACGACUUCCCAAACUCAAGGCUGUGUUUGACUGUGUGGUGAACUCUCUGAAGAAUGUGCUCAACAUCCUGAUCGUCUAUUUACUCUUCAUGUUCAUCUUUGCUGUGGUUGCUGUUCAGCUCUUCAAGGGGCGUUUUUUUUACUGCACUGAUGAAUCCAAAGAAUUUGAGCGCGACUGCAGAGGCGAGUAUCUGGUGUACGAACGUGAUAACGAAGUGAGGGCGCAGAAGCGGGAGUGGAAGAAGUACGAUUUCCACUACGACAAUGUGGCUUGGGCCCUUCUCACCCUCUUCACUGUCUCUACUGGAGAGGGGUGGCCGCAGGUGCUGAAACACUCGGUCGAUGCGACUUACGAGAAUCAGGGCCCAAGUCCAGGAUACCGGAUGGAGAUGUCCAUCUUUUACGUGGUGUACUUCGUGGUCUUCCCCUUCUUCUUCGUCAACAUCUUCGUAGCUCUCAUUAUCAUCACUUUCCAGGAACAAGGCGACAAGAUGAUGGAAGAUUACAGUUUAGAAAAGAAUGAGAGAGCCUGUAUAGACUUUGCCAUCAACGCCAAGCCUCUGACACGCCACAUGCCACAAAACAAGCUAAGCUUUCAGUACCGUAUGUGGGAGUUUGUGGUGUCACCGCCAUUUGAGUAUACCAUCAUGGCGAUGAUCGCGCUCAACACAAUCGUGCUGAUGAUGAAGUAUUACGGAGCCUCCGACACCUAUGAAGCUGUGUUAGCCAACCUGAACAUAGUGUUUACUUCCCUCUUCUCCAUGGAGUGUGUACUCAAGAUCAUCGCCUUUGGAGCACUGAAUUAUUUCAAAGAUGCCUGGAAUAUUUUUGACUGUGUGACAGUUCUGGGCAGCAUUACAGACAUCCUCGUUACUGAGCUUGGGAUGAAUAAUUUCAUCAACCUAAGUUUCCUAAGGCUGUUCAGAGCAGCUCGUCUCAUCAAACUGCUGAGACAGGGAGAAACCAUCCGAAUCUUGCUCUGGACCUUCGUUCAGUCUUUCAAGGCAUUGCCUUAUGUUUGCCUCCUCAUUGCCAUGCUGUUUUUCAUCUACGCCAUCAUUGGGAUGCAGCUGUUUGGGAAUAUUGCAAUUGAAGAAGUUGGAGACAGUGCCAUCAACCAACAUAACAACUUCAGGACCUUUGUAGAGGCUCUUAUGCUUCUCUUUAGGAGUGCAACGGGUGAGGCAUGGCACGAGAUCAUGUUGGCGUGUCUUGGGGGUAAGGACUGUGACCUCAAGUCAGGGAAUGUAGAUCCAGAUUGUGGCAGCCAGUUUGCCUACCUCUACUUUGUGUCGUUCAUCUUCUUCUGUUCAUUCUUGAUGCUGAAUCUGUUUGUAGCUGUUAUCAUGGACAACUUUGAGUACCUGACUAGAGAUUCAUCCAUACUAGGACCUCACCAUUUGGAUGAGUAUGUCAGGAUAUGGGCGGAGUAUGACCCUGCUGCCUGCGGGCGCAUACAUUAUAAGGACAUGUACAGUUUAUUACGAGUUAUCGACCCGCCUCUUGGCUUAGGCAAGAAAUGCCCCCAUAGGGUGGCCUGCAAGAGAUUGCUCCGUAUGGAUCUGCCCGUGGCUGAUGACAACACGGUCCACUUCAACUCCACUCUCAUGGCCUUGAUCCGCACAGCGCUGGACAUAAAGAUUGCCAAGGGUGGUAUCGACAAACACCAGAUGGAUGCAGAGCUAAGGAAAGAGAUGAUGGCAAUCUGGCCCAACCUCUCCCAGAAGCAUCUGGAUUUGCUGGUGACACCACACAAGUCGACCGACCUGACAGUGGGGAAAAUCUAUGCCGCCAUGAUGAUCAUGGAGUACUACCGGCAGAGCAAGAUCAAACGUUCCCAGGCUCUUCGUGAUGAGCAGAAUCGAACGCCAUUACUAUUUCAGCGCGUGGAGCCACCUACCCCCUCCCAGGAUGGGGGUCCGGGACUUAACAAUGCCCUGCCUCCUCCUGAGAUGACAGACACCACCAACAGCCUGCCGGUGGAGGGAGGUGUCCCGGAAAGCCAGUCGUGGGUGACGGCUCGCGCUCAGGAAAUGUCUCAGAAGGUUGGCAGCUGGAGCCCUGAGGGACACCCUGUGGAUGGCCUGGGAAGCAUGACCAACUCUCAGACGGUAGAGAUGAGAGAGAUGGGGCAGGAUGGUUACUCGGAUACUGAGCACUUUCCACCAAUGGAAGGCCACGGCAGGGCCGCUUCCAUGCCCCGCCUCCCAGGCGACAACCAAACCAUCAAUGACAGCAGUCCAAUGAAACGCUCCGCCUCCUCCCUGGGCCACAGCAGGUCUGGGCGUGGUCACAGAGACAAAGGAGGGGCAGACGACUACAACAUGGAGCAUGCAAUCCCAGAAGAGGGAAGAAGUUCCAGACACGGACACCGGCGAAAAGACCGGAGCCAUCGGGCAUCUGAGAGGUCCCUCUGUCGCUACACUGAGGCUGACACAGGCCUGGGCACAGACCUAAGCACAACCACUCAGUCUGGCGACCUCACGUCAAAAGACAAGGAUCGAGACAGGGAUCGCGGCCGUUCCAAAGACCGUAAGCACCACCACCAUCAUCACCAUCACCACGGCUCUGUGGACAAGGAGCGCUAUGUAGCAGAACGAGGGGGCGAGUACGUCCACAGGCACUCUCGCGACCGUGACCGGGAGCGAGAAAGGGACCGGCGCUGGUCGCGAUCUCCCAGCGAGGGUCGCGAUUGCGUGACACACAGACAGGGCAGUAGUUCAGUCAGCGGAAGCCCUGUCCCCUCAACCUCGGGGACCAGUACACCGCGGCGGGGCCGUCGGCAGUUGCCUCAGACCCCGGCAACACCCCGGCCCCAUGUUACUUACUCCCCUGUAGUCCGUAAGGCUAUGCCCACCCCUCCUGGGGUGGCACAAGGCAGACCCUCAGCCCCAGCUCCUGCCCCUCGCCGCUUUUCUCCAGAACCUUCCCAAGGCCAGGGUCCUCCCCCCGCUGGCCUUCAGCUGGGCCACCAUGGCACACCACGUCAUCAGCCCCCACUGCGCUGGGGAGACACAGGUGGAGGAGGGGGCUCUAUAGAAGGGGAUGGAUGUUUCUACAACCAGGACUACCAGGACUACGAGCCCCAUCAUGAACCACCUGCCUAUGAGCCAAACCCCGUGCAGGGGGGCAACCCGCACCCUCAUGCCAACCACCCACUGCCACUUCCCUCACAACCACAGCAGCAUAACCCCCAUCCCCUACCUCCCCCACAGCCACACCCAGUCAACAACCCCCAUCCUCAGCCCAGCCGAACCUCGCCUAGAACUGUUCAUCACGCGCCUCCGCCAACAACGGCUCUGACAGGGCCUGUGCAGGGCCAAGUUCAGUCUGCCGCCCAGCGCCGGCUACCCAACGGCUAUCGUUCUUCAUCACCUUCCACACAUGUCCACGGACCCCCACACACUGGUCCCCACAAGGUCCCUCCUCCGGCUGGGCAUCCAAGGGGUCCUCGCAAAGGCUUGCAUGAACCCUACAGUGAAACGGAGGAUGACGAUUGGUGCUAGCCUCUGGGGAAGGGGGUGGGACUUAACAAGGAAAAAAAAUUUGAAAUACCGAAAGAAGAUGAGCCAGAGCACUGACUGCCAAGGGAAAAAAAUAUAAACGUUUCUUUCUUGUCUGUUCGAUUUGUUUUUCCCUCUCCUCCACUGCUGUCUAAGUGACGGUGAGCUACAUGAAACAACCGGUGUCAUGGGAUGGAACAAGAAUGCAGAGACAGAAUCUGGAGAUCCAAAAGCGAUACGAGGAGGUAACGAAACACCUCCGCGUUCUGCUCGCGUCUUGUCGAUCAUUUCUUUUGAUGCCAAAUGAGACCAAACUGGAGGAGCGUCAGACACUAGUCUUUGUGUCUUAAAUUAUGCCUCUGGCCAUGAGCUAUAGCCACUUACAAGAUGUCAAGAGUUGCGACUCGACAAAAGACACUUUACAGUCAGAGACAAAAAUGAGCGACCUCUUUUUUUGUUGUUGUUGUCGUUUGUUUGUUUUCUUUGCUUCUCUGAGCUAACUUCUGUUAAGUUAGCUGCAAAAAGAUUUCAAACCAACCCUCCCAGCCACCAGUUGAAUAUUGAUGAGUUUUAUCAUCUGUGUUUUUAAAUACAAAUAAACCUGACACAGAGCCCUCCACCUGUAAGAGGUGAGGGAGGCUAAGUGGGUGGGAGAGUUGGGGAGUGUUGCACGGGGGUCGACGAGUCCCUCCGUGGACAUCUGGAGGAGAGGAUGGGUGCAUCUGGAGAGAUUGCACUCCUCCCAGAAACAAUUUAACCAACCUCAACCUAUGACCUAUGAGAGGGAAAAAAAUAGUGGAGGAUGGGUUUCAGAAACAGAGAAACAAACUGUUUUCUGCAGUAUUUCUUCUACUCCUGGAGCUGCUUCUUCUUCCUCCUUCUCUUCUACUUCUUCAAAACAUUGAAGCUUGAAUCUUCUGUUGCACCCCCACACAGCUUCGUUUUUUGUAGACUUGCAGAGUUGUACACUCUAUGGAAUCCUGCAUGAAUGAUACAAAAGAAUACUAAUAAUAGCAACACUGAGAAUCUACUGUUUGCAGAGGGAAAAUGUUCUUCAGUCCUGUUUUUUUGUUAUGGUCUGCAGGGUUUCUCUCUCUUUUUUUUAUUUAUGAUUAAAAGUGCUUUCUGUUUUUCUCUCUCUCUCCUCUGAAUGAUAUUCCUCUCUCUGUACCUUCACAUAUGCUAAAAACACCAGUGGCCCGAAAGUUACAUGGAGAUUGGAUAUUUACUGUAUGUAUAUCUAGAGGGAACAAAAUGAUAACUCUUCUGCUUGCUCGUCUACUGUCUAUUCCGUGCCAAAUGCCUGCCAUUGAUACAGCUGGAAUUGUACUUAUUUUUGUGGAAGUUACCUUUUUUUGUAAUUAAGGCUAAAAAAAAUGGUUUAAUGGGACGCAGGGUAUAAACAUGGAUAUGGUGAAUUAUGUCUGACAAAUCAGUAACAUCUCAAAAGUCUUCCAGGGUGUGGGGUUAACACAGAGGCAGCAGAAAGAGACCAAUAGAAAUGUGCAGAAAGGAGAGAAACUCUUCAUCUUUGUUUUCUUUGUUGCUGAACGUAUUAAGGGAUAAACUUAUACCAUCGUUUGUAAAGAUCAUGAUGAGCUUGAGAAUGAGGCGAGUUCUCCAUAUUUGGUCUUAUAUUUUCUUCUGUGUGCUUGUUUUUAUUUUGAUCUUUGAAGAUUUGAAAAUAAUCCUUUUUCCAACCCUUGGGUGGCGCUGGAACACACCACUACACUGUGGGAGAAUGAGUUAUCAGGAGGACAGAGCUGUCCUCUUACUCUGAGUCUUCUUCAAAGUUAAUAACUAUUUGAAAUUUGUACAUCAAAAUGCAUUGAAUUGCAGGUUUUACAAUCCACUCGCCAUCGCCUUUGACCUACAGAUGGCGCUGUGUGACAAAUAGUGUCCCGGUCUAUUCACUAUACUUAUACAGUGAGUGCACCAAAAAUGCAGUUUAGCUCAUUCUCUCGCUAGUAGACCGCCUUAUCUGUGUAAAAAUCAGGUGUGUGAGUCGUAUUGUAGCAGAUGGGCUGGAGAAAGGAUGCCUGGGCCUCGCUGUAGUCCUAAAAAUCACCUGCGUUCUGUGUGUAUCACUCUUGUAUAAGUUUCAGUUCUCUCUGUGUGCCUCAAACUAACACUUUUCACUAACGCACACCACCGUCAGACCCAACAUUACUGUUAUUUUUUACUUUAAGUUCCUUUUUUUUUUCUCUCAUUCUUUUACUUGACCCACAUCUUACCUGGAGGCCUAUCACAUGUUGACCAGAGAAUGCAUUGAAAAAAAAAAUAGAAAACACUGCCUAUUAGUGUCUUUCCAACCUCAGUGGAAUGUCACAAAAAAUAUUUCUCACAUCACUACAUGUAAAAUUAGAAAGCACACUAAGGUAUGUAGCUCCUGGUUGUGGUGUGUGUCAGUGGGUUUUUGCGUGUAUGUAUGCACACGGGUGGGUGUGUUUCAAAUAAAAUUAUGUUUUGUUUUUCUGAAUGCUUUUUUAAAAAAUUCUCCAGAACUCUUCUGAAAUCUUAAGACAUUCAAAUCAAAUCAUUGUAACGACCUUCAGCUCUGUGGUUGUGCGUGUGCGUGCGUGUGUGAUGUCAGUAAAGCCCCUCCCACCUGCCCCCUCCACUGAAUGGAACGUGCAAAGCCCCAAAAUGUUCACCUUCCAUCUUUGUGUAUAUGCUGCAGUAAAAUCCACUAACACGCUGAUUAACCACACAAAGUCUUCAAAAAGCAAUGUAAAGUCGCUACUGGGGGAAAAAAAUACAUAAAUUUAAAAAAAAAAUGUUUUUUUUUCUUUUUGUUCGUUUUUCAAGUACAAAAGAUUUUAAAAAAGGAAAAAAUAUCUAGUUCCAGAAAUGCAUGUGCUAUGUGCAUGCCACACCGUGGGUUAAAAAGUCAUCUUCAGGACAUAAAAGAAAAAGCAGAUUAAUUAAUUCAGAGGAAUUU